AGUGUCCCUACGCAACGGAAACAGCGGCAACGAUGGCUCUGGGCGCUCCCAGCAACAGCUGCAGCCCCUCCUGCAGGGGCCAGGCAUGGUGCAGGGCCUCUACAAUACCGUGGGAGCCCAACAGGGCCUGGCUGGGCCGGGCAACAACGGGGGGACGGGAGGAGGAGGCAUGGAGAUCAGCCUGGACCACUUUGACAUCUCCUUUGGAAACCAGUUCUCUGACCUCAUCAACGACUUCAUCUCGGUGGACGGCAGUGGGGCCAGCAUGGCGGCGGGCGGAGCCCUCUACGCCCACCAGCUGGUGGCAUCACACGGCUCUGACGGCCAGGCUGCAGCUAGCGGUGCCCCCCAGCAGGGCCAGGAGGAUGGCGGGCCCCGGGGGUCUGGGUAUUGUCCCUCUGAGCUAUGUCUGCAGCCCUGCUGCAGCCCCCAGUCCAUGGGCGGAGGGGCUGGAGGGCCCGGUGGAGAGCCAGGCUCGCUGGCCUACAUGCAUGUGGCCGAGGUGGUUUCUGCUGCCGUGGCCCAGGGAGCGCUGGGCAUGCUACAGGCCACAGGCAGGCUCUUCAUGGUCACUGACUACUCCCCUGAAUGGUCCUACCCUGAGGGUGGGGUUAAGGUGCUCAUCACUGGCCCGUGGCAGGAGGCCAGUUCUAACUACAGCUGCCUGUUUGACCAGAUCUCUGUCCCUGCCUCUCUCAUCCAGCCUGGGGUGCUGCGCUGCUACUGCCCAGCUCAUGACACAGGGCUGGUGACACUGCAGGUUGCAGCCAGUAGCCAGAUCAUCUCCAACUCUGUGGUGUUUGAAUACAAGGCCCGUGCCCUGCCUUCACUGCCCUCAUCCCAACACGACUGGCUUUCACUGGACGACAACCAGUUCAGAAUGUCCAUCCUUGAGCGUCUGGAGCAGAUGGAGCGGAGGAUGGCAGAGAUGGCCAGCCACCACCAGCAGAGCAGCGGAGGGAGCGCUGGGCCGGGAGGAGGAGCAGGAGGAGCAGGAGGAGGAGGCGGUGAAGGAGGAGGUGGAAGCACCAACACACAGUCACAGUGUGUGUCGGGGCAGGCUGACAGCUCUUUUGAGAGCCGUGUGGUGGUGGUGUGUGAGAAGAUGAUGAACCGGGCCUGCUGGGCCAAGUCCAAACACCUCAUCCACUCCAAGACUUUCCGAGGAAUGACCCUCCUCCACCUGGCCGCAGGGCAGGGAUACGCCACUCUCAUCCAGACUCUCAUCAAAUGGCGCACCAAGCACGCUGACAGUAUUGACCUGGAGCUGGAAGUGGACCCUUUAAAUGUGGAUCACUUCUCCUGCACCCCUCUGAUGUGGGCGUGUGCCCUGGGUCACCUGGAGGCAGCCGUGGUGCUGUACAAGUGGGACCGGCGGGCCCUGGCCAUCCCCGACUCGCUGGGACGCCUGCCCCUGUCCAUCGCCCGCUCCCGUGGACACACCAAGCUGGCCGAGUGUCUGGAGCAGCUGCAGAGAGAGGAGCAGCAGCCCCCCGCCCCUCUGCCCCCCACCUCCCGCAUGUCCUUUUCCCCGGCCCCUGACGUCCCCACCUCAGACAGCUGGAUGGUCGCCUGGGCCAGUGACGGCGUGGUGGCCCCCAGUGGGAAGAAGGGAGGUGCUGCUACCACGUCCACCUCCAGCACCACCAACCUCAACCCAGACCUGAGGAGGCCCAGGUCGGAGCCCUCCAACUACUACAGCAGCGAGUGCCAGAGAGACCUCCCCCAGGCCAAGAAACACAAGCCCAACCCUGAACUGUUCCAGACCAGGCCAGACAAGGCCAUGUCUGUCCCUCUGAGUUUGGAGCAGCAGCAGCUCCACAGGCUGUCCUCCAGCCCCAAGAGCACAGACAAGGGCCUCUCCGGAGGGGCCAGUGGUGGAGGCGCCAAGUGGAGCUCCAGGGAGAGCUUCUCCAGCGGGGCCUCGGGGAGGAAGAGUGCCGGGGCCGGGGGCAGCAGCCUGGGAAAGGAGAGGCUGGCCAGCCGUCUACGCCAGCGGGAGCAGCUAGGGAUGCUUGUCAUGGCUGAGAGGGAGAUGGUGGACACAGAGUUGCUGUCCUACAGGGAGGAUCUGGUGAACCAGGACUGCCUCACACAGAUGGACGACCUGCAGGCCAACAUGAUGACCCUGGCAGAGCACAUCAUCGAGGCCACCCCAGACAGGAUCAAGAGGGAGAACUUUGUGGCUAUGGACUCCGUUCCUCUGGACAGCACUGGGGUCAGCAACACCAUGAGCUGGCUAGCCAAUUACCUCGGUGACGUGGAGCACCUGCCCAGCAUCAUCCACCUACGAUCUCUGUACAGUGAGCCCCUGACGCCGUCCUCUAACCCCAGCCUCAGCCCCGGCGGUUCUCCCCUGAGAGAGGGGCCUCAGGAGAGGCCUACCCUGCCCUCCCCAGCCGACUGGAGCGAGUUCAUCAGCACCUCUAACAGCAAGGUGGAGCGGGACCUGGCCCAGCUGACGCUCUCCGACCCGGAGCAGAGGGAGCUGUACGAGGCUGCCCGGCUGGUCCAAACUGCCUUCCGCAAGUACAAGGGACGCCCGCUCAGAGAGCAACAGGAAGUAGCUGCAGCUGUCAUUCAGCGUUGUUACAAGAAGUACAAACAGUAUGCACUUUAUAAGAAGAUGACGCAGGCCGCCAUCCUUAUCCAGAGGAAGUUCCGCAGCUACCACGAGCAGAAGAAGUUCCAGCAGAGCAGGAGGGCGGCCGUGCUCAUCCAGCAAUACUACCGCAGCUACAAGGAGUUAGGCCGUCUGAAGCCCCACCGCAGAGGGCCGUCCACACUGGUGCAGCACAAACUGAGAAGUAGUCUGCUCACUAAGAGACAGGACCAAGCCGCCAGGAAGAUCAUGAGGUUCCUUCGCCGCUGCCGCCACAGCCCCUUGAUGGACCAUAGACUGUUCAAGCGGAGUGAAAGAAUUGCAAAGGGCCAGGGAACAUGAGAGCCCUCAGAAGAGCCCCCACGCCAUGUGACAUCACUCUCCUGACUCUUCUUUUCUUUUUCUGUUUGGACCCAAGACAUUUUACAA